AUGGCAGUUUCCCUCCUCCAUCAUCCCUCUUUAAGCAACCAACGGAUAAGUGAAGCAUGUGUGGACCUGAAUUCAAUGUCUUUGCAGAGAGGCAUCACUUGCUUCUCAAUUUGUCUCCCAAAGCAGAAAUGUCGCAUCAAACUAUACAUGAUACCCUCUACACCACUUGCUCGACACUGGAUGUUGAAAACUUUUGCCUCAGCUGGCUCAUUAAACGCCGAAGUGGAACGCAAAGAAAAUCAUGUUUCCUCUGGUUUCUCAACUUCUAAUGACUUCCACAGGUCUAAAACAGUUGAUGACAGCUCAAAUAAACCCUCAGAUGAUGUGAAUGAUUUUGAGAGACAGUUGCAAGAGUUGUUUGAUGAAGUCAAAAUGAUGAUCAAGAUGGGAAACAAAAAUGAUGCCAUGGAUCUACUUCAAGCAAAUUAUGAAUUUGUCAAAGAACAGAUCAAUUCAGGUUCUAGAGGCAUUGAAGAAGCUGCUACUCUUGACAUCAUAGCCUUGGGAUACAUGGCUAUUGGGGACUUAAAGGUUGUUGGGUCUAUCCUGAAUAAGUUGGACGAGAUUGUUGAGAGUCUAAAGGAUGAUGAACCUCUUCUGGAUUCAGUACUAAUACAUAUGGGAAGCAUGUAUUCAGCUCUGGGGAAGUUUGAGAAAUCCAUGCAUGUAUAUCAAAGAGUUAUUGCUAUUCUAGAGCGCAUACAUGGUAAAGGCAGUACUUUUCUUGUCUCACCAUUGUUGGGGAUGGCAAAAAUUCUUGGUUCAAUUGGAAAAGCUACUGAAGCGAUAGAAGUUUACCAACGUGCUAUAAGUGUUCUGGAAUCUAGUAGAGGAGCUGAAAGCAAAGAUUUGGUAGUGCCUUUAUCUGGUCUUGGGAAUCUUUUGAUCAAGGAAGGAAAAGCUACAGAUGCAGAAAGUCUUUUCAAUAGAAUUUUAAGCAUAUAUAAGGAGUCAUAUGGUGAAUAUGACGGAAGAUUUGGCAUGGCUUUGUGUUCCGUAGCCCAUGUGAAGUGUGCAACAGGGAAUGCAGAAGAAGCUAUUAAAUUAUAUAGAAAGGCUCUUCAGGUCAUCAAGGAUGCAGACUACAUGGCCCUAGAUGACAGUGUCAUGGAGAAGAUGAGGAUAGAUUUGGCUGAAUUACUUCAUGUUGUAGGAAGAGGAAAGGAAGGCCGAGAGCUACUAGAGGAAUGCUUGCUGAUCACUGAAAAGUAUAAAGGAAAAGAUCAUCCAAGCUCAGUUACACACCUUAUAAAUCUUGCAACCUCCUACUCACAAUCGAAGAACUACAUUGAGGCCGAGCGCUUGUUGAGGACAAGUUUGGAGAUUAUGAUGAAAAGUUUGAAACCCGACGAUUCAUCCAUCAGCUUUCCAAUGUUGCACCUUGCAGUGACUCUCUACCGUUUAAACCGGGAUGAAGAAGCUGAGCAAGUCACACUAGAGGUUUUGCGCAUUCGCGAGAAGGCAUUUGGAAAAGAUUCUCUUCCCUUCGGGGAGGCCCUGGACUGUUUGGUAUCCAUCCAGACCAGAUUAGGGAAGCCUGAAGCUGAGUUGUUAGAGCUUCUAAAACAAGUUCUGAAAAUCCAAGAAAAAGAGUUUGGCUACGAGAGUGAAGAGGUUUUGAGAACCCUAAAGAAAAUUGUAUUCUACUUGGAUAAAACAGGAAGAAAGGAUGAGAAAUUUUCCAUGCAGAAAAGAUUAUCUGUGCUCAGGAUGAAAUAUAAACAAAUGAUGCAAUAUUAA